UCUGGCAAGUUUUACUUUCUCCUUAACACAAACACACGCGUGCACCAUCUGCCUUGAUUUCUUUCUGCUCUCUGACACACAAAAGACAUUACUGACUGAAUCCUGACUCUGUCUUACCUGACUCAAACGUUAGAGUUAAAGAGGAAACCGGUACUGUUGAGUUUCCUGAAACAGUCACAGGUAUUAAAACGUGAAUCCAGUGUCUCCAAUGCAUUAAUGUGGAAGUAUACUCUGCCUGUAAGUCCAUUCAUCUACUUCCAAGCAAACAAGUGGAGAAAAAAAAGAGAAAUAGCUAAAGUUUUUCAUUUCCAAGGAUGUCAACUGGCACUCUCCAGCCAUCUUCACGGAGAAUAAUAAGGCUGGCUGUAACUCCUGGCACUCCAAGUCGCAACCUAGAGUCCAGUUGUCCAGUCAAAUCAUCUCCAGGCAUACGCAAACCAAGUGCGGUGGAACGUUUGGAAGCAGACAAGGCCAAGUACGUCAAGAGCCAACAGGUGGCUUUGAAGAAGCAGCAGCCAGUUAUUUGUCCAUCCAACAACAGCCAAAGUGGACAAGGUGCUCAACAGCCAUCAAGGAAGAUCCCUGCAAGACCUACAAAGUCUGAGACGCCACCUCUUAACCUGGAACAUCUUUGCAAGCUGAUUGAUGGAGUCAGCGAUGCCACCGUUCCAGUUGCAUCUACACAGCCCAACAACAAAGGGAAAGAUGUUACAGAUCCAUGCAAAGCCACCUCUCCAACAGUGGAAGAACCUUCUCUGGGCUUGACUUCAGCAAGUCAAGGAAAAGCUCCAGAAGCUUUAGGGGCGAGCGGAUGUCCUACCAUGACAGUGCGGAGAGUCGACGUCAGGCCGCAGUUACCUCAGAUGAGGAUGGCCGGUAGACCACAGCUACAGAACCGGCCACCGGUGCAACAGACCACACCUCAGGUCCCAAUACAACUUCUGCGCUUUCUUAGACCGUACACACAACCAAAUCAGCAGGUGAUUGAUUUCAAAAGGCUCCAUAAUGCCACACAAACAAAUGCCACCCGAGGACCUAUUAAACCACCAAACUGUGCUGUGCAAACCUCACCUUCUUCCAAAUCCCCAACUAGCCCACCUCUACCCCUCUCCAUAAAACCAAUCACAGAACCAUUAUCUUGUCCCUCACCGACCCCGCUUACUCCAAACUCCAUUGCUUCGCUCAAAAAUGACUUCCAGUCCCCGCCAUCUCCAGCCAUCACUUGCCACUCCUCAACAAGCUCCAGGAAGCGUCCUUCCCUGACACGCUCAAAAUCUGACGUCAGCGACUGCUUUUCACGAGCAGGAGCAGAACUUGAGCGCUUCUUUAAUUAUUGUGGCCUUGACCCAUCGGAUUUAGAGGAGCUAGCGAGACCGCAUUCUGACAUCGUGUCUGUUUCACGUCUACGUAGCCCAAUAAUGGUUGCCGGCCAUUUUGCAUUGGCAACAGAGAAAGACAAGAGACCUCUGUAA